CUGUGAAGCUCUGUUUCCUCCCUCACCUCAUCCUCCUCAGUGUCGCUCGUUAUUUCUGAAGCCUCUAUAGAGGUACGGAAGCUUCACUCAUGCGGUCGCUCUCAGCGCGGAGGGACGGAGUCACCUGUACAAAGCGAUGCUGCUCGAACGGAAUCCAAGCCGAGCUUUCUUUGUAUCCGCAAGAAGUUCAAGCCCAGGAAGCACUGCACAGCUCGUACAAUCGUGUUUAAUGAAAGUGGAAGCGGAAGGCUAGCAUGAUAUGUGUAUCCAAAUGAGCGCGAUCUGACAGCGGCUUUAACUUUUCAUUUUUAGGACCAAAAGCGCAUUUGGACUUGUUUUUCUAAUCAUGCCUGUACGACGAGGUCAUGUGGCACCGCAAAACACGUUUCUGGGAUUAAUAAUACGAAAAUUCGAAGGACAAAAUAAGAAUUUUAUCAUAGCAAAUGCUCGUGUCCAGAACUGCGCCAUCAUCUACUGUAACGACGGCUUCUGUGAGAUGACUGGUUUCUCCCGGCCAGAUGUUAUGCAGAAGCCCUGCAUGUGUGAUUUCCUGCAUGGGGAGAGAACCAAUCGGCACUCUAUUGCCCAGGUGGGCCAGGCUUUGCUGGGCUCUGAAGAACGCAAGGUGGAGAUCACUUACCACCGCAAAGAUGGUUCGGAUUUUCUUUGCAAUACGCACAUCAUUCCAGUGAAGAACGAGGAGGGAGUGGUGAUGAUGUUCAUUCUGAAUUUUGAUUAUGUCUUGGAAGAGGACAGCAGUGAAUCGCUGGAAAGGCUCAACCUCACUCCUCCACCUAAAUCUGUUUACAGGAAAGGAAGAUUGUUCAGGUUUCGUCUGCCUUCCCUGAACCUGUUAGGUUCCAUCAAACAGUCUCUGCCCCAGGAAGACCCUGACACAGUGAUGGUAGACUCUGUGCCGAUGAGUAAUAACUCUGUGCCGAUGAGGGACUUCCAGUCUCCAACUAAGGACAGCUCUAGUCCUGCUGAUGCCAAUGACACACAGGCUCUUAUCAGCUCAAGUCCUCACUCAUCCCCAAUCAGUGUGUCCGGACCGCUCGACCACUCAUCACCUAAACAAUUCUGGGACCGUCCAAGCCUGUCUCAGGCCCAGUCCACUACCUGCCUGGCACAGUCCAUUUCCAGAGACAGUGUGUGUAGCAGAAGACGAGCCUCAUCUGUUCAUGAUAUCGAAGGCUUCAGCUCCAACUCUAAAUGCCUAUUGAGGGAUCGGCACGCUAGUGAAGGUCCUUUUAACCAUCUGAAAUCAAGCCUGCUGGGCUCUACCUCAGACUCCAACCUAAACAAGUACACUACAAUUAACAAGAUCCCCCUCAUCGCACUUAACUUCUCUGAAACUAACAACGACAAAAGAGCCCCCUCACCUUCUUCCUCUGAGAAGACCAUCAUUGCUCCAAAAGUUAAAGACCGCACACACAAUGUCACUGAGAAAGUCACACAGGUGUUGUCACUAGGUGCAGAUGUAUUACCAGAGUACAAGCUCCAGGCUUCGCGUAUAGACAAAUUCACCAUCCUACACUACAGUCCGUUUAAGGCCAUGUGGGACUGGCUCAUUUUGCUCCUUGUAAUUUACACAGCCAUCUUCACCCCAUACUCUGCUGCCUUCCUGCUGAAUGAUAGUCAGGAACAGGAGAGGAGAUUGUGUGGCUACUCCUGCAGUCCCCUUAAUGUUGUCGACUUAAUGGUGGACAUCAUGUUCAUCAUCGACAUCCUUAUAAACUUCCGCACAACUUAUGUAAAUACCAAUGAGGAGGUUGUGAGUCACCCGGGGAAGAUUGCUGUGCACUAUUUUAAGGGCUGGUUCCUCAUAGACAUGGUGGCCGCCAUUCCUUUCGACCUGCUCAUCUUUGGAUCAGGGUCAGAAGAAACAACUACUCUGAUUGGUCUGUUGAAGACGGCCAGGCUGCUGAGAUUAGUCCGGGUGGCCAGGAAGCUGGACCGCUACUCUGAGUAUGGAGCAGCAGUGCUUAUGCUCCUCAUGUGUAUUUUUGCACUUAUAGCCCAUUGGCUGGCUUGUAUCUGGUAUGCCAUUGGCAACGUAGAGAAGAAUUUUCUAGAGCAAAAGAUUGGCUGGCUGGAUAAUCUCGGAGUGUCUAUUGGAAAACGUUACAACCUGACUGACCCCAACUCUGGACCUUCUAUUAAGGACAAAUAUGUCACUGCUUUGUAUUUCACAUUCAGCAGUCUGACCAGUGUGGGCUUCGGCAAUGUCUCACCAAAUACCAACUCAGAGAAGAUCUUUUCUAUCUGUGUCAUGCUAAUUGGAUCCCUAAUGUAUGCCAGCAUCUUCGGGAAUGUUUCUGCUAUCAUUCAGCGGCUCUACUCAGGAACGGCACGGUAUCACACCCAGAUGCUGCGUGUGAAAGAGUUUAUCCGCUUCCAUCAGAUCCCAAACCCACUCAGGCAGAGGCUGGAAGAGUAUUUUCAGCAUUCCUGGAACUACACUAAUGGAAUCGAUAUGAACAUGGUGUUAAAGGGCUUUCCAGAAUGCUUACAAGCAGAUAUCUGUCUUCAUCUGAACCGGAGCCUGCUGCAAGACUGUAAGGCUUUCUGUGGGGCCACAAAAGGCUGCUUACGUGCCCUGGCCAUGCGCUUUAAGACGACCCAUGCUCCACCAGGAGACACACUGGUUCACUCUGGAGAUGUUCUUACAGCACUUUACUUCCUGUCUCGAGGAUCCAUCGAAAUCCUGAAGGAUGACAUUGUCGUGGCCAUUCUAGGGAAAAAUGACAUAUUUGGAGAGAUGAUCCACUUGUAUGCAAAACCAGGAAAGUCAAAGGCAGACGUACGAGCUCUGAGCUACUGUGAUCUGCACACUAUCAACCGUGAAGACCUGCUGGAGGUGCUGGAUAUGUACCCAGAGUUCUCCGACCACUUCCUCACCAAUCUGGAGCUCACCUUUAACCUAAGAGAUGAUAACACUAAGGCCAGUUAUGCACAAGGUAGUGACUCAGAAGGAGAAGACAAUAAAGACAGAAGAAAGAUUUCUUUCAAUUGUGAGCAAACACAAGGGGGUAGCAUCAAGGACAUUGAAAAUGAGAACAAGAAGGAGCGCCGCGAGUCACGACUCAGCUCGAAAAGAGGCUCUGACGAGUACAGGGCUUCCAGGGAGGAGCAGCAAAGAAAUCCAGCAGCUGAAAUAAUGGAAUAUCCAUGCAUAGACAGUUACACACCAACCUCUGAUUGCAGCCCGUUUAGAAGCAAGAUACACAGAGAGGCAUAUUACUAUGAAAGGCUGAGUGCUGACUGGGACAGCGUGAGGCUGAGGGAGGCUUUGGAAGACUCACAAGCUCAGACUCAUAAGCUGAGAAGGGAGGAAGAUGAGGAGCUAGAGUGUGAUCUCACAUAUGGAGAAGUGCAACAGAGACUGGACCACUUGCAGGAUCACCUGAACAGGCUGGAGUCUCAGAUGACUUCAGAUAUCAAGGCUAUCCUGUGUUUACUGCAAAGAAGCUCCUCUGCAGGCCCUCCUGCAUACAGUGCAGUGACUGCCAGCCUAGAGAAACAGGCCAUCACCACACAGUCGGUCAACACCAGCCAAACCCUUUCACCUGCCUCACAGGACCAGGAGACAAGUCAUCCCCAGAACCCUAAUGAUAAUGGUCUCUCCAAGCAUCAUUCCAAAUCACUUCUUCCAAUUCACCUCUCCUCACCGUCCCAGACAUCCAACACCAGUACAACAGCUGCAGAGCUCCACAGGCCUCUGUCUGACCCUGGACUGCCAAGAUGUAGCACUGAAUCACUUCCAUGACUAUAAGACUUCAAUUCCAUAUACCUUAGCACGCUGGAUUGCCACCUUUAAGAACAUUAUGCUUGUAUAUGCAAGGAGAAAAAUAUUCCUGAAGGUCAUUUCCAUGGAGCUGAAACUGUAUUUCAUUUAUUUUGAACAGUCUGUUUGAUUUGAGUGUGAAUCCCUAAACUCUGACCUCUUUUGUAGCUUUUGCUCCAUGCUAGCCUGCUGGAUGUGAAUAAGUAACCUCACUCAAGGACUCAGGGUCUGAUUCAUGGCAACAUUAGACAAUGAAUUGUGAUGGUGAACUCUCAUCUCUAUGGUGGAUUAAUUGCCCCUUUAUAAAAUUUCUGCUGUAUUCUAUCAUAAGAUUCAAAUUCAUGAAACACUUGGAUAGGUUGCAAAUCUAGGACUGUCACUAGGACUAUGGUAUUCCAUGGUACUGUUUGACUUUUGGUUGAUGAACAACACUUCCACAGGUGUUACAGCCAUGUAGCCUUUUUCUGCCUCAGUUUACAGUUACACAUCUUUGUUCUUAUCCAAUUUUAAAAAUUCAGGAGAUAAGAGACUUGUAUUUGACAGCAUCAACAUUUUCUUACACACACACGGUGAUUGUAAUCACCUCAUUCAUGUACUUACAGCACAUAACCUGUUUUAAAGGUUAAGUAGCAUGUAGUAGCAAGUCUGUCCAUAGAAAAGUGCAUGUCUGAAAGCGUUACCUGUUGCAUGCUUGCAACAUACUGGAAAGCAAUUGUAGUGUGAUUCUGGCAUGUAUCUAAACUGUUUUUAGUCUUUAGUUUAAAAGGUCAUAUUGCUUUGCACAUGAACCAGAAUACUGGAGGCCUAGAACUAUUUUGAUGACCAAAGCUUUGGUACCACACAUGUAGCUCUGAAUAAAUAAAUAAAUAAAUAUUUAUGUAUAAAUUUAGCAACUACUGUAAAACAGCUAUGGCUGAGACUGGGUAUUUUAAGGUACACUGGAAAAGUUUGUUUUGUUUCCAAACCAUCACAGACUUUUAGUUGGUUUUACAAAUUCUGCUCAAAAUAGUAACUGGAAUAUGUUACCUUUUAUAUCACUAGCUUCCAUUGCAAAUUAUUGCAGCAAUAAGCAUUUAAGCCUGCGUAUUUAUGUAUUUAUUUCAUCCAUUUGUAAAGGAUUGAUAUGCUGAAAAUGACUUUUGUUAGGUCUUAACAACACCUCGUUUACUGGAAGUAGAGCAUGUUUCACAGUAUAUAUUACUAUUAUUAAAUGUAGCCUAAAAAUUAAACAUUGCAUAGGGAUUUUAAUAAAAUCCAUGUGAACACUUUCAUUUCUCAGAAAUUGACAAAAAUCUCUCCUGUGAUAGUUCCAAUCACAUGCAAGUAAUCUCAGAUGCAGCAGUGACAAGAUUUAUUAUAUUCAUAUCUUGAGUGUAGAAAGGAACCAGCUAAAGGUUUUAUUUCAGAAAUUAUAUUUCAUAACAUACCACACAUCCACACAAGCAUUCAAGAAAUAGUAUGCUGUAACUUGCUGGGUCAAGUACUUUCUGAAAACAUGUCUUUACAAAAUACACACAGAUCAAGAGCGUGCAUCCUAAAGAUUCUGUCACACUCACUCCUAAAAAUACACAACAUUAAACCUGAAAUGUAGACUACUGAUUAAGAGAGUGGGCAAGCUGACAGAAAAUCAUGGUGAACUUGCAUAUUUAAAAAAAUAUAUAUUGCAAACUUUUGCACAUAUUCUCCAAACUUGUACAAGACAGUCACUUUUUACUUGAGUGUGUGUCACGUUAUUUAAUUUUAUUAUUUUUUAUGCAUUUUUAAAG